GCGUUGCUAGCGUCAACAAAGGAAUUACCAUGAUGGCAUAACGUUUGUUAUUGCUUUUGAUACGAUGGCGGGUGCCGAGCCAUUUGUAAACGCCAAACUGGAACAAAGGAAAGUUUUGCUGUUUACAAAAAGAUACUGCCCUGAUUCUAAAGUAGCAGUAGCGAUUUUGGAUGAGUAUAACCUUCCGCGGUAUUCUUAUGAAGUUGUGGAAAUCGAGCGACGCCAGGAUUGCACGCAGAUUGAGAACUAUUUUCAGAUUCUCUGUCUUACGGAUAGUAGAUCGGUGCCACAGUUGUUUGUCAAUGGGAAAUCAAUCGGCGGUUGGCGGGAAAUACCGAGACUCCAUGAAGAGGGAAAACUAAAGGACAUUUUACAACAAUAAUAUUAUAAACUACAGUAAACCCUACAACGAGGAUGUGUGUCCAAGGAUAUGGAAGUAUCGUCUAAGAAUAUAUAUUGUAUAGACACCCAAACAGACAUAAGCAAUAUACAAACACGGCUUUUGUUUGUGGAAUUCAUUUCUUACCAAUUAUUUAUAUAUACAUGUACAUAUAUUUUGAACGUUAAAAAUGUAUAAUAUGUUAUAAUUGUUUUCAUCACAAAGAUGAAACAAACUUAGAGGACUUUACAUAUUGAAAAUAAAAUAAUAAACAAGU